UUCCUUUUUUUAGAUUUUACUUUUAGUUCUGGUCUGGAAAAUAUACAUCACCAGUCAUAAAAUGGAGCAUAUAAGGGGAGAUGUGUCCUUACGAAAUAAACAAAGCGAGCGAAGUGAGGGAGACGCAGACUACGCUGAACGAAAGAGGAGGAAAACAGAGACUGACAGUUUAGGGUCCUGUCUGGAUCAGUCAAUGGAGUCAACGGAUGUGUACGAUACUGUGAAGUAUGAGCCGUCACACUUGUCAGCCAAACAUUAUGACACGGACACCACCGAACCAAUCAGCUACAGCCUGAAGUCCUUGGAAGAACUGCUGUCAUGGAAACGGAGUGAUGCCAACCCCUUCAACGUGGCCACAGUGCCCCUGGCCAAUCGGCAGCCCCCGCUGACCAGCAUGCAGCGCAAGACCCUGGUGUCACAUGACAUGAUGGGUGGUUACCUGGACGACAGGUUCGUGCAGGGCGCAGAGUCAGAGACGCCGUACGCCUUCUACCACUGGCAGUACAUCGACAUCUUCAACUACUUCAGCCACUCCAUGGUCACCAUCCCCCCCGUCGUCUGGACCAACGCUGCCCACAAACACGGCGUCCUCGUCCUCGGAACCUUCAUCACAGAGUGGACGGACGGCGGCCAGAUGUGCGAGUUGAUCCUGGCGGGGGAGGAGUCUUACCGCACGGCUGCUGAUAGGCUGGUUCAGAUCGCGCACUGCUACGGCUUCGACGGCUGGCUCGUCAACAUCGAGAACCCUCUGAGCGCGACCGCGGUGAAGAACACGCCGCCGUUCCUGCGCUACCUGACGGACCAGAUGCACGAGCGCGUGCCGAGGAGCCUGGUGCUGUGGUACGACAGCGUGCUGGACGACGGCGCCCUCCGCUGGCAGAACGAGCUCAACGACCGCAACAGGCAAUUUUUCCAGGCCUGCGACGGUAUUUUCACCAACUACAACUGGACGGAGCGCAGCCUGGAGUGGAUGAGCACGUACCCGGAGGCGCAAGGCCGGCUGGGGGACGUGUGUUCGUGGGGCGUGGACGUGUUCGCCCGGGGCGAGGUGGUGGGGGGGAAGAUAAUUGAGACCAACAAGGCCCUGGAGGUGGUGCGGAAACAUGGAUUCUCCACAGCCAUCUUCGCCCCGGGCUGGGUGCAUGAGACCCAGGACAAGAAGGAGUUCCGCCUCAACCAGGACCGGUUCUGGGGCCUGCUGUCUGACUUCCUGUACGUCCAUCGGCCCUCCUCCCUGCUCCCCUUCGUGUCGUCCUUCUGCCAGGGGUUCGGCAAGAGCUUCUACUGGAGGGGGAAGGGGGAGAGCGCCUCCUCCUGGUUUAACCUGAGUGCGCAGGAGCCCCAGCCGCUGUACCUGAGCGAGACGCUGGAAGGUUCCGGAUGGCUGAGGACCCGCGGCUGCCCCCACGAGGCCUGGAGCGGCGGCUCCUCCCUAUUGGUCGAAGGCGUGAUCCCGUCCACGCUCUCCAAAGUGUGCGCGAGGAUAUUCUCGCUGCACGUGCCCCUGGCCUCCCGCACGCUGGUGUCCUUCGUCUACAAGCCGUCAGAGAGCGUGCGCGUCGCCCUGGAGCUGCAGACCACCGACGCGGCACUCUGCUCCUCCGAGCCCGUGCAGGAGGUCCCGCACACCAGCGUACAGCCCCAGGUUCUGGACGGAGAUCAUGAGCUGGUGCGGAGGUUCACUGAGAGCUGUGGGGCGUGGACGCUGGACGGCUGGACUGUGAGGUGCCUCUUGCUGGAGCUGCGGGGCUGCGCUCUGCGGGACGUCAGCCUGAACGUGUCCCGGGACGGGGGGGACCAGGACGUCCCCUUCAGCUGCAGGAUCGGCGAGAUCGUGGUGAUGGACGCGGAGAGCCUGACGGUGCCGCCGCUCUCCGUGGAGGACGUGUGCCUGUCGGACAUCCUGUGGAGGCGGGCGGUGGGCCGCGGCGAGGGCCCCCAGGAGCAGCUGCACCUGAACGGGACGCUGCGGUGGCGCUACCCUGCCCCGCUCGCCCGCCACUUCCGCGUGCACUGGCGCCGGCUCCGCGGGCCCGACCCCCGCACGCCCCCCGGCCCCCUCGGCCUGGUCGGCCGCUGCUACUCCUCCACCUUCCGCGUGUGCGAGCUGGCCGUGCCCCAGGCGCCGGCCGUCCUGGAGCUGCUGGUGGAGCCGGUGACCCGGGAGGGCUUCAGCGUCCCCGAGGAGCGCUGGGGCAGACGCGUCCUCAGCUACGUCCAGGGGGAGGGGUCCAGCAACGCGCAGGGGGAGGGGGUGUAG